UUUUCUUGACUUUUUUUUUGAAAUUUUAUAUAGUACUUGAAGAAUAAGCACACAUACGCACACUCGCACACGCACAUUCGUAUGCUUUCGUAUCAUUUAUGAUUCAACUAUGUCCUCUCAAGUUACGAGGGUUGUUACACCUCACUCACGUGCUGCCAACAUGCCUGCAAAGCUGGAGGAUGCUCUCUCCAACCCACCCUGCCUUUCCUGCUCGCACUUGGAAAUGAAAUACAAGGCAGUAGACCCAAUGCUUGGCAGAAAGAUUAUUGAGGUGAUGGAGAAGGACCUCGAAAUCCGCCGCAUUACUGUGGAAGCCCAGAAGAGGAAGGUGGCUUUGGAUGUGCGUUACAACGACUACGCCAAUGCGGUAUCCACAAGCCUCGAGUCAGUGAAGACUGAUUUCAGCAUCGCACAAGAUAGGAUCCAUGAGCUCGAGCAGAUAAGUGGAGAGCACAUGGCCUUGACCGACGAUGCGAAGAUGAGGGUUUCUGAGUGCCAGAAGGUUUACAAUGAUCUUGUUGCAGCACGCUGCGAGAUGGAUAAGCUACGUAAGCACGCAGAGCAGGCUGAGGCCACCGCCAACAAUUCCAAUGCCGAAAAAGAGGCACUCUGCAAGGAGCUCAACAAAGUACACUACUGGAACCAUUCCCUCUGCGAGCAGCUUGCCACAGCUGCCAUCACUGCCAAUUUUGUCAGCGCCAAGGAAAAGAUACUCCAUGAGCUGCUUGCCGCAGCUACUUCCGCCAUUACCAAUGGCGCCAAUGCAAAAAGGAGGGGCUCUGCGAGCUGCUUGCCACAGCUACCACCUCCGUUUCCAAUGGUGCCAGUGCUAAGAUGAGGGAACUGUGUACACAGCUCCACGGGGCUACAUCUACCACCAGCGCUGCUUUUAAUGAAAGGGACGAGCUGCAAAGAAAGCUUGCCACCUCCUGGGUAGAAAAAUUGGUUCAUGGGGUAAUUGAAAGCAACCGCAGCUUGUUCUGACCAUCUCUGGAAGCUACUUUAAAAGGCCGCUCAUACUCAUGCUGUUAAGCCCAAUUCCGCCUACCUUUGCCAUAAUCU